AUGGCAAGCCCCCACGCCGAAGAGCCGCCCGCCGAGGGCACAGCCGACCCCGACGCACACAUCUACGAGGAGGUGACGCUCUGCGAGAGGAUGGAGCUCAGCCAGCGGCUGGCUGUGGAGGAGCUGAUCACCACCGAGGCCAGCUACGUGCACAACCUCCAGCUGUGCCUGUCGGACAUCCGGGCACACCUCCAGCAGAAGCAGCUGCCUGAUUUUGACCUGGAAGGACUCUUCUCCAACAUUGACGACAUCCUUCACCUCUCCAGACAGUUCCUCAGGGGGCUUGAGGCCACGGCUGUGCAGGAGCACGAUCAGCUGCUGGGCAUCAGCACCCUGUUCCAGGAGUUCAAAGAGGAGAUGGAGACCGUCUACAAGAUCUACUGCGCCAGCUUUGAGCACGCCCUCCUGCUGGUGGAGAGCUACCGCAAGGACCCCAGGCUGCAGGAGGAGAUCAUGGACACCCUGAAUGCAACCGUGCCUCAUACGAGCGCCUCGGACCUCAGCUUCUUCCUGGUGAUGCCGGUGCAGAGGGUCACCAAAUACCCACUGCUGCUGGGCAAGAUCCUGGAGAACACCCCCGCCGGCACCAGCGCCCACCAGGCCCUCGCCGCAGCUGUCAGCGCCAUGGCCCAGGCCAAUGCCAACAUCAACGAGUACAAGCGGCAGCAGGAAGUGGCGACCAAAUACAACAAGGCUGAGCACCUGACGCUGCGGGACCGCCUGGCUCGCCUCAACACCCACUCCAUUGCCAAGAAGACCACGCGGCUGAGCCGGCUCCUCAUGCACGAGGCCGGCUUCGUGAGCAAGACGGAGGACAAGGAAUAUGACAACCUGGAGGAGAAGUUCCAGAGCGUGACAUCCAGUGUGGCUGCGCUGAAGGAGAACGUGGCAUCCUACAUGGCACAUUUAGAGGCGUUCCUGGUGCCUGCCCCACACAAGCGAGAGCUGCAGAUGGAGGAGGGCCCUGCCCAGCAGUACCACCGCCUCGCAGAGCACCUCCACCGCGCUGUUUUCCCCGAGUUUAAGCGACGCCUGGACAGGUUGGUCUGGCAGCCCCUCUGCAGCCUCUCGGAGAUGCUGGUGGGGCCACAGCAGCUGGUCAAGAAGCGCCUGGACAAGCUGCUGGACUACGAGGAGAUCCAGGAGCGCAAGAGCGAGCUGGGCAGUGUGACGUACGACGAGGAAGCCGCCAUGAACACCUACCUUGCCAUCAAUGCCCUGCUCGUGGCCGAGCUCCCGCGGUUCAACCAGGUGGCUGUGCAGCUCCUGGGGCAGGUGCUGGGCUCCCUCUGCGUCCUGCACCAGGACCUGGCUGCGGAGGUCCUGCACGAGGCGGAAAAGGAGCUGAAGCAGCUGCCCCAUGGCCACAUGCCUCUGCCCGCUUUCUGGAGGCUGGUGGAGGACACUCUGCAGCAGGCUGGUGCCCAGCUCCGUACGUUCACCCAGGCGUUUGAGACGGUCACACCGAGCCCCGUGACACAGCCCCUGACCCCUGCCGAGGAGCGGAAGGUCCUUUCCCUCGUGAGCAAACACGGCCCAGACAAACUUUACCAAGUGACAAGCAACGUCAGCGGCAGCAAAGACUUGGACCUGACCUUGCAAAGGGGACAGAUUGUGGCUCUGCUGCAACGCGUCGACACCAAGGGCAACACGAGCAGAUGGCUGGUGGAUGCUGGAGGUCCCCGAGGGUUUGUGCCUGCUGGCAAACUGCAGCCCUAUAGCCCGGUGCAAAGCCAGCAGCCCAGGAUGCAGACACCAACCCCGGAGAGUGUCCCAGACAGAAGGCGACAUUCAUACGCAUCACCUGAGGCUCCCAGGCCCCAGGUAGCCACGUUCACCCCGGCUUUCCAGGUGAUCGCUGGCUUCUCCUUCGCUGCCAGGAGUCCGCAGGAGGUCAGCCUGCAGGCGGGGCAGCCCGUGGUGGUGCUGGAGCCACAUGACAAGAAGGGCAGCACGGAGUGGAGCCUGGUGGAGGUGAACGGCCAGAGGGGCUAUGUGCCCUCCAGCUACCUGGUGACAGUCCCCGUGCAGGAGCCCAUGGGCUGGAGCUUGCCCGUGUGA